GGUGUGAGUGUGUAAAAAGCUCCAAAAUGUAGAAAAAGUGGAAAUAAUUUGGACUUGCUGAGCUGUGCCGUUGCUGUAAUGUAUAAAGUAAAUGUUUAAAAUGGAACCAGAGACUAAAAAGAGAAAAGGCAUGGAGUAUGAUCCAGACUCUUGGCAUGUCCUUCCUGUCUUGUCAGAUGAAAUGUCUGAUGAUGUUAAAUUACUGGACGCUUACGCUGCCCCGAUCACCGAUAAACGCCAGACCUCGCGUCUGGUCAAAGACCUGUCUGUGGUCCACCCUUUAGCAGAUCUCCAUCAUAUUAAAAGAGUGAGAGCUUGCAAGGACAAGAGCAGUCCUCAUCCGUUAGAAGUGAUCGUGUGUCUUGUCAGCGAUGUCUCCGUCCCCACCACCUUCGUGACGCAACAUCAGCGUCCAGCGUCCCUGACUGAUCUCCUGAGCUCAAAAGACUUUAACUUCGAAGGUUUGGGAGAACCUUUCCCGGUCCGAAUCCCAGCCCGAGCUCCUUUAACCAGGCCGCAGUUCGAGCGAGCGAGCCGUCACUGGCCGACGUCCUUCCACGAGGACAAACGAGUCACGCUGGGUUUGAAGGGACAGCUCUUCACGUCCAGGCAGAAAGCCAAAAUCCAGGAAUACAUGACGACUGCCGUGGAGGCUGCGAGAUCCGGACGCGAGGAAGGAAUGGACGCGGCGGGCGCCGUGAUUGUCGACCCAAAAUCAGGACAGAUCAUCGCUGUAGGUCACGACCUGACCCGAGAUCAUCCUCUUCACCAUGCUGUGAUGGUGUGUAUCGAUCUGGUGGCCUGGGCACAAGGAGGAGGUGUGUAUACAUACGAGAAACACCCAGCGUGCAGAUACACCGCCUCGGACCCACAGCUCUACGCGGGUCACAGCGAAACCUCAGGGUCGGAGGGAAGCGUCCAGCCCUACAUCUGCACCGGGUACGAGCUGUACGUCACCAGAGAGCCGUGUGUGAUGUGCGCCAUGGCUCUGGUCCACUCCAGGAUCAGCAGAGUUUUCUACGGAGCGGCAUCUCCAGACGGCGCUUUGGGCACCAAGUACAAAAUUCACUGCCAGAAAGAGCUGAAUCACCAUUUCGACGUUUAUAAAGGAGUCAUGCGACAGGCCUGCGAGGAACUGACUCCGUUCAAGUGACUCGUUUCUUAAUGCUGCUUUUAAUGGAUGGAUUUUCCUUGCGAGCCUUUGUUUUUACUUUUAUUUGGUUGUUAAUUAAAGAUAUUUUCAGAUGA